AUGGACUCAAACGCUCCCAAGAAACACAACGACAACCCUGGAUUUGACCCCAAUAUAUUCGUUAAUCCAUCAAAGAUCAAGAAUACUCGAGCCCGACAAGUGCUGAUUGAUGACUCAAGUGUGCAUGGUCUUCUCGUACGUAUUGACGGGCAAUCGGUUAAUCUGCCUUACGAUAUCACACAGAGGCCUACAGUAGUCUCCGAGAGCAGCCACUCUGUUGAUCUCGACGCCUUUCAGCAGGCGAUAAACAGCAUAGGGUCAUCUGCGUAUGGCCUUCCUCAACCUCACCAGCCCAUCAACCCUCUUCAAGGCCCCGAAGCAUGCCCCCCCAACCGAGGUGUAAAGAGAACUCGGGAAGACUUUGAAGAAGGUCAGCCUGUCAAUCCCAGUUCUUAUCGUAACCAGCCUUGCCCGGUAAGAAAUGGCAACCCCCAAGGGCAGUUUUUCCGCCAGGGCGUUCAGAACCAGUUCACAGCAAGCUCUAUGCCUGGUUUCUGGAACACGCCAAUGCCCAUGGGUAACUCAUACCCCAUGGCUAACAACAUGGGCUAUGAUCCCGGGUUCCCACCAAUUCCUGCGAAUCAACCUCCGCGUGGGACUUUUAUGCCUGGUGCUUACACGAUGCCUCCCAAUGGCAACCCAGGGUUUCCUGUAGCAAACCAGACAAGCCCGAUGGCCUUUGUUCCAGUCAACUACGGGCCAAAUUCUGCCAACAUGGCUGGUCCACAAGGCCAGCCCCAUGGGUUCCGUCAACCAAGACAGCAGGUGCCACCUAACGGGACUCAAAUGAGGCCACUGGUGCCCCGGCCGGGACCUCAUAUGCAUGGUCAGAUGCCUGGUCCUCAGAUGCCUCCACAGAUGGCUUCUCAGAUGCCUGGUCAGAUGGGUCCUCAUAUGCAUGGUCAGGUGCCGGGACCUUAUAUGCCUCCCCAAAUGCCUGGUCCUCAGAUGUCGCAUAGGGUCAUGUAUCGAGAUUAUUACGAUAACUGCAAUUAA